AUGUCUAUUUUAGAUAUAUCCAAAGUAUGUAUGUACGAUAUUCAUUAUAACUUUAUGUUGCCAUAUAUGGGAAUUGAAAAUUGUAAGCUGAUGAAUGGGGACACUGGCAGUUUUGUCUAUGAAAUAAAAUAUGAUGACGUUUACAGAGAUGCUAUUAAAGCAAAUUUAUCUAAAUUCGAUACAUCAGACUAUUCUGAGAAUAAUAUUUAUGGAAUACCUCAAGUCAACAAAAAAGUUCUCGGAAUGAUAAAAGAUGAGACAAACGGUCGCAUUAUGACGCAUUUUGUAGGACUUAGAUCUAAAAUGUAUUCGUUCAAGAUCAGUCCGACGGAUGAGGAUCGAAAGGCAUUGUGGGAUAAAUACAAGAAUAAUAUGGAUGAUGCAAAUUCUGAAAGAAUUGUAAAUAAUUUCUUAUUAAGACUUUCAUUCAAACCCCAAUAUAAAUAA